GUUAUGGCUUAAACUAGAGAGUUAAGUAGCUAGUUAAAAUAGUUGGCUGGAUCGAAGCUCUGGGCACCGGAUCUACAACUAUUUCAGAAGAGAUGAACUAGAUGCACGACAACCUGUUAAUUCAAUAUCUCUCAUACCCCACGAAUGGGCAUACUACUACUGCUACUACUACUCCUCAGAGGAAGAGAUGAACUUCUAGAUGCGCAACAAUUAAAACUACCUCUUGCUAUGGUGCUUUUGUUCCACGAAGAAAUCACUAUCAUUCCGCAAGGAUCGAUGUGCUAAAGGUGGAGCACUGCUCAACAAGCGAUAACCGAGCUCAACAUAUUAUAUAUAACUCAAGAUUUAAUACGAAGAUCUACUUGUACUUAUGUACUAUUCUCUUUGCUCCUUGUUGUUCAAAGCUUUUAUUAUGACGAUGACCUCUUCUACAAUAAGGGGUUAAUAAGACUCUUGAAAGAGAGCUCAAUAAGCAUAGGCGUUGUGGUUCGUGGCACUCUUCCCAUAUAGGUUCGCCAGUGGCUAUUUCGAUAUAAACUAACGCAGGCAAUGGAUCUAAUUCGUUGAAACUUGUUUCGUUGAUACAACUAGAUUUGUCUAAAAACUGCCGUGUCUCUAGCAACCAGGCAGUUACUUGUAGCUGAUGGCGUAAAGAAACCAGGUAGAGAUGAUGAAUGCAGCUAGAAGAUUCUUGUAACCUGGCAGUUAGGUCGGUGCCCUGCCGAGGCAACCUGAACCUGAUUGAUUGACUGAAUGUUACCUGUAGCUGCUAUGAUGUGGUUGGAAUGAAUGAAUGAGUCAUCAGCUUUAAAUUACAGCAGAACAACAAUGAGGGUCGGGGUUCAAUUCUUGUGAAGAACCAAAGAGCACUUCCAGAUGCGGAGUAAGCCUGAAUUUGUCAUCUCGUAUAUAGGCUUGAAAACUUUUACUUGUUUUUACAGACUGACAGCAGCUAUGUGAUGUUACGACGUGUGAGAACUUCUUCUUUUAUUCAGUAUUCGUUCGUACUUUUCACGUCGGCGUGUGAGCACUUCUUCUUUCAUUCCGAUAGAUUCUGGACUGGACUUCAUAGGAGUGUUACCAGACUAAGAGAACGAGUUACUUAUGCUAUGGUUCCACAAGAUUGACUAUGGUUCCACAUGAUUGACAAGAAGAUUGACAAAGGCCAAGAUUGACUCCACAACAGACGCUGGUACUUGUUGGGUCUGCAUUUUAUAUUCAUACAUAGUACAUAGAAGAUAGAUGUGAAGUAGGAGCAAGCAGAACUGGUGAUGGGCGUUGCCUAACUGCUUAUAUUUAUGACAGUUACUUAGAAGACUUGCUGUCUCGGAUCAUGUCUAGUACCAUUAAGAAUGAGACACUAGCUGAUUGCAUAAGAUCUGGUUGACAUAUUGAGGGAGCACGAAAACACAUGCAACAAAGAAGAGAUGCAGGACAGUCUUGCAACUAAUUAGAGACGCUACAUUCCGCGAGUGGGUACAUCAAUUAAUCCAUUCAAAACAUUUUGAUCUAGCACAAGGUCAAAAGAUACCUCCAGACCAGGUAAAUGAAUGAAUGAAUGACUAUCGCUCGGAUCAGAGGUAUCAAGAACAAGAAGAACAACUACUAGUCCUGGUCCAUGCCACUGCUUUUUACGUGUAUUCAAAAUUAAUACUGAUAAUGUGAUGCAGGUUUGCUUUCGCUUUAUUUUCAGUCACUCGCGGAUUAUGUCUAUGACGAACACCGAUGAAUAAAUCAUGAAGGGAGACUAUUUUUUAGUACUCAACAUCAAUCUCGAGGAUUUAUUUGAUUUCGUCCUUAAAAAUACAACUAAAGAAGGCGAUGAUAUUUUAAUUUCUAUGUUGUGGUAUUUAUAUAAAUAUAAAAAUCUUCACUCUGCUUCUGUUGAAUUUUACUAGAACAAGUAGAUUUUCAUGCCGUGAAGCUUGUGGACAACUGAGGAAGAUUUUUUCAUUCAUUUUUUUCUUAGAAUCGUGGCCAUGACGUUGUCUCCUGGUCGUUUCGAAAUUUAAAGCAGGUAUCAAAUAGUCUUUACAUCAGCUAUGGUGGGCAUGAGAUGUUGGCGUGACAAUCAAGAUGAUGAACCGCUUCUAAUAUAUAAUCAUUUUGAUUUUGUUCAAACAAGGCGACAACAAAGAAGAAGAGGGAAAGCUAUCAGAUGAGGAAAUCUAGUCCACGCAUAUGUUGAGUUUGCUACUACGAAGAUUGACUCGGGUGUCGGAGAAAAGAGCGAGCAACACGGAG